CAUUGCCAUGGAGUUACAGGCCGGAUGAACCGAAGAGAAGAGGGCUGGGUCAUCACUGCACCGGGUAGCUUGUAGAGCCCUCAGUGCCUCGCCUUUGCAAGGGUCUGGGUGUAGGAAGAGCAACAAGCUACAUAAAGCCCCUCCCCUUCCACAGCAAUCAUACUGAAGGGCGCAUGUGCACAGGUCCUAUGGGUACGGCCGUAAGCCACUUCUUUCCUUGCCCAAAGCCGCACAGCAGCUGAGCACAUCAGCAGCACGUGAACUGGUAUGCUUUAUGGCAGAGGCGCGAAAGCACGAAGCAGCUUGGCCAUUGCUGCGUCAGGAUCUUCUGCGUGGUCGGCAUUCCGUGCUCAAUUGUUGGCUGGCAGCUUGGCCGUUGGCACUUCUCCGACUGAGGCAACCAUGGCGGGAGUACUAGCGCUAAUGCGGAAAACCCGAGAUUAUAUUAAGACCAAGGAGUUUCGGGAUUAUAUAACCAGCACCCACUUCUGGGGUCCUGUGGCCAACUGGGGCCUUCCACUGGCCGCCUUUAAGGAUAUGAAGGCACCUCCCGACAUCAUCAGUGGCCGCAUGACGACGGCCCUCAUCUUCUACUCCAUGGCUUUCAUGCGCUUUGCCUACCGUGUCCAGCCUCGAAACUACCUGCUGAUGGCGUGCCAUUUCUCCAACGUGUUGGCGCAGAGCAUCCAGGCAAGCCGUUACCUGAACCACCACUAUGGUGGCGGAGCCAAAGCCAAAGCCAAAAACCCUCUGGCCAAAUAAGCUUGAUGACUGGGGGGGUGAGAGGGAUAGCCUGAACCAGACUUUGCAGCUUACAAGCACUGGACUCUAUUCCUCCUAAAGAAAAGCCAAGGAAAACUUUGGUUUGCAAACCCAAUUUAAACCUGCAGUUUGGUUAAUUAAAAAAUAAAAAGC